AAGGAGUCUCUCUCUGUUUUUUCUUUAAAAAUAAAAAUUAUAUAAAAGGAAAGACCCUCUUUAGGUCUCUUCUUUCUUUUCAUUUUUCAUUUUUAUUAUUGUUUCUUCUUUUCGGUUCUAUCUCUGAAAUUUUAGAGUGUCUCUUACAUGGCGAGGCUUCUAGUUCAUUCAAUAAAUGUUCCUGCUUUAGCUCCUCAUAUAAAGCAUGGCCAAUCUCAAGAAUCUGGAACAUCAAGAAGGACUGCUACCAAAAUGAUGUGUAGUUCACGGUUGCCAGCGUUGACAUUGAGAGGGUAUACUGGAUUGCGAAGCUCAAAUUGUUUAGAUACAAUGCUGAGAUCUGGACUAGAUUUCCAUUCCAGGGUUGCAAUCACAAUGUCACGCAGGCAACAGAAAGCUAAGCGGUUUCUACCUAGGGCUAUGUUUGAGCGCUUCACAGAAAAAGCAAUAAAAGUGAUUAUGCUUGCUCAAGAGGAAGCAAGACGGCUUGGUCACAACUUUGUUGGCACAGAGCAAAUCCUGUUAGGUCUUAUUGGUGAAGGAACUGGUAUUGCUGCGAAGGUGCUCAAGUCUAUGGGUAUCAAUCUUAAGGAUGCGCGUGUAGAAGUUGAGAAGAUUAUAGGGAGAGGCAGUGGAUUUGUUGCUGUGGAGAUUCCAUUUACUCCUCGUGCAAAACGUGUCUUGGAACUUUCAUUGGAGGAAGCCCGCCAACUUGGUCACAACUACAUAGGAUCUGAGCACUUGCUGCUUGGAUUGCUCCGUGAAGGUGAAGGUGUAGCAGCCCGUGUUCUUGAGAAUUUAGGUGCUGACCCUAGCAACAUCCGCACACAGGUCAUUCGCAUGGUUGGUGAAAGCACAGAAAAUAUCCCUGCCCCUGUUGGACCAGGAGGUGGCAGCAAUAAGAUGCCCACGCUCGAAGAGUAUGGAACUAAUUUGACUAAGCUGGCAGAGGAGGGUAAAUUGGAUCCUGUUGUUGGGAGACAGCCACAAAUAGAACGUGUCAUCCAAAUCUUGGGUCGCCGAACUAAAAAUAAUCCCUGCCUUAUUGGUGAGCCAGGUGUUGGGAAAACAGCAAUUGCAGAAGGUCUUGCUCAACGUAUUGCCAGUGGUGAUGUCCCUGAAACAAUUGAGCGAAAGAAGGUCAUUACCCUGGAUAUGGGUCUUCUAGUUGCUGGAACCAAAUACCGAGGAGAGUUUGAGGAAAGACUGAAGAAGCUAAUGGAAGAAAUCAAGCAAAGUGAUGAAAUAAUUCUCUUUAUCGAUGAGGUGCAUACCUUAAUUGGAGCUGGAGCUGCAGAGGGUGCAAUUGAUGCAGCUAAUAUCUUGAAACCAGCACUUGCAAGAGGUGAAUUGCAGUGUAUUGGAGCUACCACACUGGAUGAAUACAGAAAGCAUAUCGAGAAGGACCCUGCUUUAGAAAGACGAUUCCAGCCAGUCAAAGUGCCUGAGCCGUCUGUAGAUGAAACCAUUCAGAUUCUGAAAGGGCUGCGUGAGCGAUAUGAGAUCCACCACAAGCUCCGUUACACAGAUGAAGCACUAGUAGCUGCUGCGCAGUUGUCAUAUCAAUACAUCAGUGACCGUUUUCUCCCUGAUAAGGCAAUUGAUUUGAUUGAUGAAGCUGGUUCUCGGGUUCGCCUACGUCAUGCACAGGUUCCCGAGGAAGCUAGGGAGCUUGAAAAAGAGGUCAGGCAAAUAACAAAGGAGAAAGAUGAAGCUGUUCGGAGCCAAGACUUUGAAAAGGCUGGGGAAUUACGGGACCGUGAAAUGGACCUAAGGGCACAAAUUGCAGCUAUUGUGGAGAAAGGCAAGGAGAUGAGCAAGGCUGAGACUGAGGCAGGAGAUGUAGGUCCUCUUGUCAAUGAAUCAGACAUUCAGCACAUUGUUUCUUCCUGGACUGGUAUUCCUGUUGAGAAAGUAUCAACUGACGAAUCAGAUCGCCUUCUGAAGAUGGAAGAGACCUUGCACAAAAGAGUCAUUGGCCAGGAUGAAGCUGUCAAAGCCAUCAGCCGUGCUAUUCGACGGGCACGUGUUGGACUCAAGAACCCCAACCGUCCUAUUGCUAGCUUCAUAUUUUCUGGUCCAACUGGUGUGGGAAAGUCAGAACUGGCAAAAGCACUAGCUGCCUAUUACUUUGGAUCUGAAGAAGCAAUGAUCCGACUUGACAUGAGUGAGUUCAUGGAAAGACAUACAGUAUCCAAGUUAAUUGGUUCACCUCCAGGUUAUGUUGGUUAUACUGAGGGUGGUCAGUUGACAGAAGCUGUUAGACGUCGCCCUUACACUGUUGUACUAUUUGAUGAGAUUGAGAAGGCCCAUCCUGAUGUCUUCAACAUGAUGCUUCAGAUUCUUGAAGAUGGAAGGUUAACAGACAGCAAGGGCAGAACUGUGGAUUUCAAGAAUACCCUUCUGAUAAUGACUUCAAAUGUCGGAAGCAGUGUUAUUGAGAAAGGAGGUCGCCGGAUAGGAUUUGACCUUGAUUAUGAUGAGAAGGAUAGCAGCUAUAAUAGAAUUAAGAGCCUGGUGACAGAGGAAUUGAAGCAGUAUUUCAGGCCGGAAUUCUUAAAUAGAUUGGAUGAGAUGAUUGUUUUCCGGCAGCUCACUAAGCUAGAGGUUAAGGAGAUAGCUGAUAUAAUGUUGAAGGAAGUGUUUGACAGGCUGAAGGUCAAAGAUAUAGAGCUUCAAGUUACAGAGAGAUUUAGAGAGAGGGUGGUUGAAGAAGGGUAUAACCCAAGCUAUGGGGCACGGCCAUUACGAAGAGCCAUAAUGAGACUACUAGAGGAUAGCAUGGCCGAGAAAAUGCUUGCAGGAGAGAUCAAAGAGGGCGAUUCAGUUAUAGUGGAUGUUGAUUCUGAUGGUAAUGUUAUUGUGCUAAACGGCAGCAGUGGGUCUCCUGAGGCAUUGCCUGAUGUGUUGUCAGUCGUGUAAGCAAAGGCUCCCUGUUUAGGAAUCUAUGCUCCUGUGUUGCUUGUACUGCAUCGUUUUAACUUAAAUUGGCAAUAUAGUUUGUAGUCUGUUUUGUUGCAA